AGCCCCGCGGCACCGCUGAGCCUGUCACCCGGCGCGGGGCAAGCCCUGGGGCGGCCCUGCCCGGCGCUCUCUGCAGGCCAGGCCGCUGCAGCCCAGGGUCCGAGUCCCCCGCGCCCCUUCCCCGCCGCCCCGGGACCGCUCCAGGCUCCCCAGAGAGCCGGGCCGGAGCCUCGGGCCCCCUCGCCCAGGGUUGGCGGCGGGACCCUGCAGGGCCCGGGCCCGCUCUGCCCAUGGCCCGGUGCUGGCGGUGCCGUCGGCGCGGGGAGCUGAGCUCCCGCCUGCGCUUGCAGCGAAGUGGAGCCGCCGAGGCGGGCCGCUGGAGGUGAUGGACUAUACCUAUGAUGAGGACCUGGAUGAGCUGUGUCCUGUCUGCGGGGACAAAGUCUCCGGGUACCACUACGGGCUGCUCACCUGUGAAAGCUGCAAGGGCUUUUUCAAGCGGACCGUGCAGAAUAACAAGCACUACACCUGCACCGAAAGCCAGAACUGCAAAAUCGACAAAACCCAGAGGAAGAGAUGUCCGUACUGUCGCUUUCAGAAGUGCUUGACGGUGGGAAUGAGACUAGAAGCUGUGCGAGCGGACCGGAUGCGAGGAGGAAGGAAUAAAUUCGGCCCCAUGUACAAGCGAGAUCGUGCCUUAAAACAGCAGAAGAAAGCUCUGAUACGCGCCAACGGCUUUAAGCUGGAGACUGUGCCUCAGAUCGUGUCGCCAGUGCAAACUGACUACAACCUGUCCUCCACCAUCCACGGCAUCCACUCGGUGUCCAAGAGCCUGCCUCCCAACCCGGCCACUAUGACGCCAGUCGACUAUGACAGGAGUCCGUAUGGGACGCCGUCCUUGGGAAUGACUGUGCCUAGCCACGGGGCGCUGUCCAGCUACCAUUACCCCUCCUUUCCCAACCGCACCAUCAAGUCAGAGUACCCCGACCACUACACAAAUUCCCACGAGUCCGUGGCCAGCUACAUGUAUCCAGAUGCCUAUCCCAACAGCGCCCCACCCGACAUCCCUGAGGUCAUUCUCAAGCUGCUGCAGCUGGAGCCCGACGAGCCCCAGGUCAAGGUGCGGAUACUGGCUUGUCUGCAACAGGAGCAGGGCAAAGGCCGGCAUGAGAAACUCAGCACCUUUGGCCUCAUGUGCAAGAUGGCAGACCAGACCCUCUUCUCCAUUGUGGAGUGGGCACGGAGCUGCAUCUUCUUUAAGGAGCUGGAGGUAGGCGAUCAGAUGAAACUGCUGCAGAACUGCUGGAGUGAGCUGCUGGUGUUUGACCAUAUCUAUAGGCAGGUGCAGCACGGGAAGGAGCACAGCAUGCUGCUUGUGACGGGCCAGGAGGUGGAGAUGGCGACAAUCGCAGCUCAAGCAGGGUCCAACCUGAAUAACCUGGUCCUGAGGGCACAAGAACUGGUCCUACACUUGCAUUCGCUCCAGGUGGAUCGACAAGAGUUUGUGUGUUUGAAGUUCCUGAUACUCUUCAGUCUCGAUGUGAAAUAUUUGGAAAACCACAGCCUGGCGAAGGAUGCUCAGGAGAAAGCCAACACAGCUCUGCUGGAGUACACCAUCUGCCACUACCCUCACUCCCCGGACAAGUUCCGUCAGCUCCUGCUGCGGCUGGCUGAGAUCCGCUCCCUCAGCAUGCAGGCCGAGGAGUACCUCUACCACAAGCACCUGAGCGGGGAGGUGCCUUGCAACAACCUGCUCAUUGAAAUGCUGCACGCCAAGCGGACUUGA